AUGAUGAAAGUAAUUAGUAGAAUGUCUUCAUUAAUUCUUAAGAAAUCAGAUGAUAUGAUUCUUUUUGCUCAUGAUAAUCAAGUUAAACAAGGUGAAGUAUUAAAGUUUGGAAAGUCAUUGGGAGUAGUCAUGUCAAUUUUUGAAAAAAAUCAAUUAGCAUUAUUGUUACAACAAUCAGAAGUAUUAGAGCCAAUUUAACAUAUUAAAUCAUUAAAGGCUUAUCCUUAAAAUAAUAUUUGUACGAUUGCAGACAUAAAGGAAUCAAAUGAAAAUAAUACAGAUAGCAAAUAAUUACCUAAAAGAGUCCUUCCAUAGAAUUAAAUUUUAACACAUAAUGUGUAUAUAGAUCUCUUUCAUCCAAUAACGUAUGGUCAAAUGCUUAUCAUUAAAGAUAAAGAGCUUUUAAAAAAGUUGAACGCUUUCGAUUAGAUUAUCUAUUAUGGAAGGUCUCCUAUUUAAACAGCCACUUGGUUUAAACAUGCAGAAAGUUAAGGAUCAAAUUAUUUUUUACCUAAAUAUGCAUUAGAAUAUGCCAAUUAAAUAGCAAAAUCUAAUAAAACAUUGUUAGUAAUGGAUCAAAUUUAUGAUCAUUUUGUUGCACAUUAAAAAUUACAAGAGACAAUAUAGUCUUAUCUUUAUGAGAAAACCACUAAAACUGUGUACUUGUCAAAUCUUUUAAAAGAUCUUUCAUAAUCAUGUGGUUAUAGACCAGGACAUAGUAAUCUUACUGUUGCUGUUUUAUAAAGAGAUUCUAGAGAUGAUUUAUUAAAUGAUGAAUUGGAGAAAGAGGUAUGAUUUAAAUAUAAUAAAAAUUUUAGUUAGAUUCAUUGCAAUCACAUACACCUUCAGCAACAUUAGCUAAACCAAGUUCAUUAAGUUUAUAAAUUCAAAGUCCUUUAUAUUAUCAUUUAGCUCAAGAAUUAUAUGAUAUUUUAUCAUAAUACAAUCAAAAAAAAUCAGAAUAUAUGUAGAAGCAAUAAUUAAAGAUUCAUAUAGAUCCUUGGGAUUUUUAUGAAUAUUUUGAUUGCAAACCAAUUGUGUAAAUGAUCAAUUUAUUCAAUCAACAGAAUAGUCAAGAACAUGAAUUAGCAAUCUUAGUAGAUUUCUCAGUUAAAGCAUUCAAACAAGAAUUAAUUUGUUAACUAAAAGGUAUAUAUUAAUGAUCUAUAUUAAAGGUUCACCUAAAGAAGUUUUAAAUGAUCUUCUUGCAUUUUCUUGUUCAAUAAAAGAGUUUGAUAAAAAGACAUUUGCUGAAUUUUAUUAUGAAAAAAAAAAUGAAUUAGAUGGAAAUUAAUUUAAGAGUUUAAUUAUUGAAAAUUUAGGAAGAUUUUAUGAAUUAUAUAUGAUUCAUUUAAGAAUGACAGAUUAAUUGUUAUAAUACAAAAAGGAUUACAUUUGAUU